AUGCAAAGAGACCAAGAGAGUUUGUACGAGUAUUGGUCUCAGUUCAAGAGGCUAUUAGAAUCUUGUCCACACCAUGGAAUGAACACUCACUUGCUCAUUAGCUACUUCACCGGAGGUCUUUGUGUGAAAGAUAGAAGAUUUCUUACCGCUUCUAGCGGUGGUUCCCUUUCGAAAAACAAGACGGAGGGAGAAGCUUGGAGUUUGAUAAAAGAUGUUGCCGAAGCUACACAACAUAAAAGGGUGAGAAGUAAUCCUCUCAAGGGUGUGGUAGAACCGUCCCCUUCCGAAUCAAGCCUAACCAAAGCACUUGGGGAUAUGACCAACAUCCUCACGCAAAUACAGAAAGAUCAAAAGGAAUUUUACUCCAUCCAAGCCGUCCAAGCUCCACCUCUAGUUGCUCAACUCGAAGGCCCUCCAAGAAUUUGUGGUUUGUGCUCUAGCACCACACAUUACACCGAUCAAUACCAUCAAAUUCAAGAGGAACAUACCCUUGUAGUGGCUAAUGUGAAUUACAACAAUCGUCCACCCUAUCCUUCUCAAGGCCAAAACCACUACCCUCAUGGUAGUAAUCAACAUCAAGGGUGGAGGGAUAAUGCACAAGGGAGCAAUCAAAAUCAAAGAUGGAACAACUCUUCGUCUUAUUACAAUAACAACCAAUCUUUAUUUCAAUACCACAACAACAACAAUAACUACCAAGCCAACCAAAAUCACCACAACCAAAACCAAAACAACUACACCAAGUACCAAGCACCACACCAUAGACAACAAUCUAACCAAACCUCUCCGUCUCCCACCAAUCAAGUUGACGAGCUUAGAGCCGCUGUGGAUAAACGGGAUGAAGGCUAUAAAGCUCAAUUCGAGGCCAUGAGUGCUCAAUUGGCCAAUCUUACCAACAUGAUUUCGAAGAUGUCCAUGUCCCUCUCCAACAACACCAACCAACCCUCAAGUUCUUCUAACCUUCCAUCCCAACCCCAACCAAACCCAAAGGGCGGUCUCAAUGCCAUCACCCUACAGUCGGGAACCACAUUGGAGGAGAUACCUCCAAGGGUCUUGGAGGACAUUCAUGAGAAAAAAGUGAUUGUUGAAGCUCCACAUAAAAAAGGGGAGGUAGACAAAAGGCAUGAGGAAGAAGGAGUGAACCUCAAGGAACCCAAGAGGAAAGCUCUAGUGGAUGAGUCCAUCCCUAUUCCAUUCCCUUCCAUGGUGAAGAAAGCAAAGAAGACACCGGAAUUUGAUUUGAACAUGCUUCAAGUGUUCGAGAAGGUUGAGGUAACCAUACCACUUCUUGAUGCUAUUCAACAAAUUCCAAAGUAUGCAAAAUUCUUGAAAGACUUAUGCACACACAAGGAUAGGAUAGGAGAAUUGGAGACAUUAUCCUUGGGUAGUUCAAUUUCUUCCUUGAUGAAACCUAUUCCAAAGAAAUGUGGUGACCCUAGGCCUUGUUUGGUGUCUUGUUGUAUUGGUGGACGCACUUUUCAUGAUUGUAUGUGUGAUCUUGGAGCUUGUGUAAGCAUCAUGCCGCUUUCUACCUUUGUGCAGUUGAAUUUAGCUCCAUUAAAGAAGUCGGCGGCGAGGUUUGCCUUGGCCGAUAAAAGUGUGAUCACGGUAACAGGAAUAGCCAAAAAUGUACUUGUGGCGAUCAAGGAUUUGAUCUUUCUAGUUGAAUUUUACAUCCUUGAAAUGCCUCCAACAGAAAAUAGAAGCUCAUCCUCCGUUCUACUUGGUAGACCCUUCCUUAAGACCUCUAAAUUCAAGUUAGAUGCCUUCACCGGCACAUAUUCCUUUGAGGUUGGAGACAAGACUAUCAAGUUCAAUUUAGAAGAAGCCAUGAAGCAUCCUCCCGAAGAGUAUUCCAUUCUCCGAUGUGAUGUAAUUGAUGAAGUGGUAGCGAAAGUGCAAGAAGACGACCAUAACAAGUUGUGCUACCACAUUGUUGAAGAGACGGAUGACCAAGAGGGUGAACAUGAGAAAGUUGUUGAGAAUGAACUCCGUGAGCUUGACAAAAAGGAACCUCAGCUUGAGGCAAAGAGUGAAUUGAAGAGCUUGAUUCUCAACAACUUUCUCAUUUGA